CAGGAAGAUGGUGACACAACAAGGCUUUAUAGUGGAUUUGAAUAAACCAUUGGUGUUCCAGGUAGGCCACCUUGGAGAAGCUUAUCAAGAAUGGGUUCACCAGCCUAUAGCCACCAAAGAAGGCCCACGUUUUUUCCAAAAUGCUUUUUGGGAGUUUCUAACCCUUACACAUUGGUGGGCGAUUCCUCUAAUUUGGCUGCCAGUUGUAAGUUGGUCUAUCUCCAUGUCAAUGAGAAUGGGUCGUACAAUUUCAGAGAUCAGUUUGAUGGUAAUUUUCGGGAUAUUUAUAUGGACAUUGAUGGAGUACACAUUGCAUCGGUUCUUGUUUCACAUUAAAACAUCCAGUUACUGGGGAAAUACUGCUCAUUAUCUUAUUCAUGGUUGCCAUCAUAAACACCCUAUGGAUGGUUUACGCCUCGUGUUUCCUCCCGCUGCAACAGCCAUUCUAUGUAUCCCGAUAUAUAGCCUGGUGAGAUAUCUUUCGAGUCCUUCAUCUGCUCCUGCUAUGUUUGGAGGGGGUUUGUUGGGCUAUGUCAUGUAUGAUGUUACUCAUUACUAUUUACACCAUGGACAGCCAACAAGUAAAGUAACUCGAAAGCUUAAGAAAUAUCACUUGAACCAUCAUUUCCGAAUACAGAAUAAAGGUUUUGGUAUCACUUCUUCACUAUGGGAUAAAGUAUUUGGAACCUUUCCUAAUAAUAACACUACAAAGGCUCCUCCCCACCGCUCAUAAAGAAUAGAAAAAGCUUGUUGCUUUCUAUUAUUCUCUUCCAGACAGUGUUUUCCCACUUGAUUUUUUGUUUGUAACUAUUUAUUUAUUCGAUUGUGCCUACUGUUUUUGUCAA